CACGCUGACAUAUAUUCUCGCAGGCACACAUCCAGUUUCCAAGAUGGCGGCAGAAAAGUGUAAAGAACUCGUGGAAAACAUUUCAAACGCAUCUGGAGAUGAAAUCGUCGCGUUUUUACGAGAUUUAAGUGUAUUAAUCAGUUCUUCGCCAAACAUUCGAGACCUAGCGAGUCUUAUACCAAGUGAACGGCUUUUCAACUGCCUUAGAACAACGAACACAGACCAGAUAACCUACUGUAAGAACAUCUUGAAAAAUAUCCUCAAAUUUGAAAAGCCAGAUGCCCCCGCUACAAAAUACCACGAUGCUGUUAUAGAAGGCCUUAAUCAUCCCACUGAAGAUGUGCGGGAACUUUGCUUAAUCGAGUUGGAGAGAUGUUCAGGGACAGUGAAUGGAGUUCUUGCUUUGAUGGAUAAAGAAGAUUUGUUAUCUUAUAUCGCGAGGGGAAUGGCGGAUGAGCACCUAAAAAAUGCACAAAUUGCAAGUAACGUGUUUACAAAUCUUGCAAAGCAUGAGGCUGGUCUCAAAGUGUUAUUCGAUAGCCAUUUACAAAGUGAGUUUAACGCGUUAUUAAAGACCAAAGACACUGUGCGCAUGCGCGUUUACGAUAUGUACAUCACAGUGCAGGCCCAUUCGCCAAAGGCAUUCGAUGUUUGCAAAGAGUCUGGUAUUUUUGAGAAGCUGAUAUCAGAGCUGGAUGGAAGAGACGUUCUUGUCCAGAUGAAUUGCCUGGAACUGUUGACUAAACUGGCAAGCAUUAGUCCAUCUGGCUUGGAAUACCUUGACCAGAAGGGUGUGGUUACGAAACUCAACAAUCUCCUGUUAGAAGUAGAGACGGACCCUUUGAUAACCCUGAUCAUUCCAGGGAUCAUCAAAUUCUUUGGAACCCUUGCCACUGCCCAUCCCCUGGAGACAACCCAACAAUACCCACAAUUCCUUGAGCAAACCUACUCCAUGAUAAGCUGCGGCGACCCUACCCUUAUGCCUAUUGCCAUGGAAACCAUUGGCGUCAUUGCACACUCAGAGGAUGGUCUACGAGCAGUGUUCAAUAACCAGGGAAGAAACAAACACAUUAUGAAAACCAUCUUUGGUCAUGCAACCUCGUCACAAGUUGACCUAAGGAAGAGGGCCUUAGAAGCACUGGCAUCAAUAUUUUACUCUGAGCAGUUGACGCCAUCUGAGGAAUUAUGCGAGUUUGCCAAGGUGCUUUAUAAAAAUAUGGCAGCGGCACCACUCGAGGCUAUAUUCACUGUUGCUAAGCAACCAUUUGAGGAGCUGCGAUGCAGUGCACUCUGUUUGCUAAGAAGCCUGGCUCGGUAUCAAUGGGCACUGCAGGAUAUGAUUAACUGCCCAGGAUUCUUAGAGUAUCUAUUAGAUCGGCGGACAGAAUUUGAGAAAUCCGGCAAAGAGCACAAGUACGACCUCAUCAAGGAGCUUGUGCACUUUCCUCCAGCCAAGCAGAUCUUUGAUCGGCCCUACUUCCUGCGCCUUCAGGAGUAUGAAAGAGAGGGACCAUUCUUUGCUCGUGCAGAGGCCGCUGUGGCCUUUGAAGGAGCAGACUGAAUCCUAGACCUUGUUUACUUAAAAUCAUAGAAAAAGGUUCUUCAAACAAGAGUUGUACAUGGAGGUAUUAAAAACAAAUUGCAUUAUGUGCAGGAAAUUGGCAUACUAAAAAGUUUAUGGAUCUGGCCCUUGUCAUGGUUUACUAAUAGUUCCAUUAAAUGUCAAAUUUCAAUCAAA